AUGAGAGAUCUUGCUGUUAUUCUUCCCGAACAAAGAUUUCAGAAUUGUGAAUUAUGUGAACAAGGGCAGUUCCUGAGCAUUUAUCGUCUUUCAGUUCGCCCUUCAGUAGAAUCGCGACCUGUACUCAUACACGCCCACUACUCAGAAAGUCUUCAGACCUUACUUGCUCGUUUAUGCGACGAAUAUCCAGCGAUUUGGCAACAGAAUACGGUGUAUUACUUUUAUAUGGAUAUGGGUGGUGUCUAUCAUCAUGUCGAAGACGCAACUUGGUUAAGAGAUAAAGAUCAAUUGAUUGUCACUACAAUUGAAGAUGCAGAACUAUUCCCAAAACUCAAUUUAAUGGCUGUGCAUGCUAGUCUUCGACCUCACGUGAAACUAAGACCUCAUCAAAAAGAAGGGGUUGAACGAAUGAUAUUUAUGGAGAAAGUAUAUCGUGGAGGAAUUCUUGCAGAUGAUAUGGGACUAGGAAAAACGUUACAGACAUUAACACUUAUCCUCAGACAGCAACCGAGACUGAAUGUCCAUGCUCCUACCUUGGUCGUCAUACCUUCCAUAGCAGUUGGAGAACAAUGGGCAGAUGAGAUUAGAUCAAAAACAGAGUUUGGAAGUAUUCCUUAUUUUAUCUAUCAAGAUGACAACAGCUACUUGCUCGAUCAGCCUGUGUUUCGCGUGGUGAUCGUUACUUAUGAUCGUGUGAGAAUGGAGUUCAAGAAAUAUAUUAAUGGUGACAACAAUUGUCCCCUGUAUAAAGUUGAUUGGUAUAGGAUUGUCUUGGAUGAAUCACAUAAAGUGAGAGCAUUACGAACAAUGCUGAGUGACGCGGUCUUACAGCUGAGAGGAAAAUAUAAAUGGUGCUUAUCUGGUACGCCUAUUCAAAACAAUAUAACCGAACUCUAUCCUAUAUUCGCUUUCUUACAAGUGGACAUUAAUCAAAAGUUAAAGACAAACAAAAGUUAUAUGGCAGAACUACUUAAAUUACACAUGAUUCGAAGAAACAUUUCUAUAUUACAUACUGAAUCUGUACUAUUGCCUAGACAGGAGAUAAGAAUCACUUUGGAAUUUACAGAAUCAGAAAGAGCUUUGUAUGACUAUUUGGAGAAAUUAUUAUAUGAUCAAACUGUAAAGAAUCGUAGACAGGGAGAAAUGUACACGACAUUUGCCACAACAGCCAUUCUGUACUUGAGAUUAAAGCAAGUGUGUGGUCACCAUAUGAUCCUGCUGGAUAAAUUUCCAGAUCUGAUUCCAAUGGCUCAGGCUGGUGUUGAAAAUGAAAUCCUUGAUGCAUUUAGGGAAGAUGAAGAAGAAUUGAUUAGAGAAAGAGUGUAUAGCGAAGGCUUAACCGAAUACGAACAUAUUGUUGGGUUGAUGCAAAGUUAUUAUGAACAAUUUGGCGAUUUAGAAAAUCAAGUGAAUGUGACGCAGUUGCAAAAGCUGAAAUUUAUCAGGCAUUCGACCAAAGUGUCAUGGUUAAUUAAUUUUCUCCAAAAUAUCAUGGAAAAUAACCCCACUGACAAGGUCUUUGUCGAUCUUUUAAACAAGGUUGCCGAAGCCUUGAGCUAUUCUAGAAUCCCUCAUCAAUUAUAUCAUGGUGGCCUAUCAAGCUAUCGUCGUAAACAAGGAUUACAAAUGUUUAAUUACGAUCCAAAGAUGAGGGUUAUGGUUAUGUCAUUGAAAGCAGGUGGAAUUGGUUUAAACUUACAAAAGGCCAACCAUAUGGUUGUCAUGGACAGAUGGUGGAACCCGGCUACCAUGGAUCAGGCAGUUGCCAGAAUUCACAGAAUGACACAAUCGAAGCAAACGUACAUUUAUACAAUUGUGAUGAAGAAUACAAUCGAAGAGACCAUCUUGGAUGAUAUCUUAACCAAAAAGAACAAACUAUUCCAAAUGGUGGUAGAAACCGAUCAGGAUGAAGCUGAAGAGGAAAUUAGACCCGCGGAGCCUCAAGCAGAUGUUGAUGAAGAAUUAGAGCCUUUUAUAUACAUAUAA